AUGUCGACAGAAGAUAGCUAUCUUUUAGACCGCAAGGCGGAUAGGUGCAAGGGAACAGGUAGAGGCAAGUAUACAGAGCUCAGCGACCUUUUUAGACACGAAGAGAGCGGUGUCUGCGGUCUGAGGGUCCGCAACGGUCCUCUCCAUGACGUCUUUGAUGCGCUUCUGGGGCGCACUCUUCAACUCGCCAUGGAGGAGGACAUGAGCAUGGACUCGGAUGACUACUGGAUGUACGGAGGUGCUGAGUCAGACGAAGAAUAUAUGGACUACAUGAUGGGUAAUGGCAUUAGUGUAUGCUAUCUUGCGUGA